AUGGCGGCAACGGCUCAAACAGAGAUACCGACGCUGGCAGUGGGAGACUUGGUGGUGCGGGAGAAGCUCGGGUCAGGCAACUUUGGCACGGUGUACAGGGCAGAGGUCGGCGGCAAGACCGUGGCGGUGAAGAAGCUCCGCUACGCGGUGACCGACACGGCGUCGAGCUCGGCUGUCUCGCUCGAGAUCGGCUUUCUCAAGACGCUCGAUCACCCUCAUGUUGUUCGUCUCAUUGCACUGGCAGUCCCCGAUGCCGCUGCCACCCCUUCGGGGCCUGGCCGCGGCCCGUCGCCGCCGUCGUCAAGCCUCCCGCCGUCUCGUGCCUCCCGCCGCCUCCGCCGCAUGCACUCGCGCUUGGCUGGCCGUGCAGACGGCGCCGCGGGGCUUUAUCGCGACAGCGGGAGUGACGACGAUGACGCCGCGUGCGCAGCGAAGAGUGAGGUGGACGACUCGCCCAAAGCUGGGACCGCGGCGCGGAGCACGCUGAGUGCCCGCGCCCGGCGCGAGAUCUGGCUCAUCAUGGAGUAUGUCGAGCGCGGCUCACUGUUCAAGGUCCUCCACGCUGCUCAUCCGCCGCCGUGGAAGCUGCGGCUUCGGUGGGCGCGCGAGAUUGCGGUUGUCAUGGGCAUGCUCCACACCCACGCGCCGUGCAUUCUCCACCGCGACUUGACCUCCGAGAACGUGCUCGUCACCCUCGACGACCACAUCAAGCUCACUGACUUUGGCCUCUCGGUUGACGAGGGCAGCGGCGCCAAGAUCCUCCGCUCAUUCAAGCCAGCAUAUGCCGCGCCCGAGGUCUGGGACGCGCUGCCGUACACCCGGGCCUCGGACGUCUUCUCGUUUGGCGUCGUUCUCUACGAGCUCGCCACGCUGCAGGAUCCUGUCACGGCGCUUCGCCAGGGCCACGGUGUGCUUGAGCCACCCGCGACAGUGCCAGCUGCCGAGCCGCAGGUCCCCGCCCGCGGCUCGGGCGCGUCGUCGUCGUCGUCGCAGCCGGGGCCGUCGGCGUCGCAUCCUGGGCCGUCGAUUCCGCCACGACGGACAAGCACGCCGGCCGAGGCCGCCGACGCGCUGGCGGCCAUCCAGGGUCUUGCUCCGCCGUCGCUCGGCUCCGAGUCCGGCGUCUACACCGAGCACUCGGAAUCGGUUGUCUCCGAGUCAGAGGCCUCGAUUGUCUCGUUCUCGCGGCAGGUCUCGCAAGCCGUCCGCCUCUCGCCGCUAGUUGUCCCGUCGAGCGUGCCGUACGAGCUCACUGCCAUCAUCCAGCAGUGUUGGACCGAGGCGCCAGAGCGGCGGCCGUCGGCCCAGCAGAUCCUCACGCUCCUGCCCGAUGUGGCGGCUGACGACUCGCAGGCUGCCGCGUCGCUGGCUGCCGCGUCGCGCGCGGCCGACUACGCAUUCGAAGCGGCACCAGCUCUUGUCCUCGGCUCGCCGCUGCAGCCAGUCUCGACCGUUGCCUUUGCGCGACAGCUCGAGCCUGUCCGCUUUGGCUACGCGUGCAUGGACGGCUCGAUCCAUCUGGUCUCGGGCGUAGAGGACGGCGACGAGUCGAAAGUAGCGCUGAGCGGGCACACCAAGGCCGUGACCGACUUUGACUGGUCGCUCUCGGGCGACUUUGUGGUCUCGGCCUCGCUCGACAAGACGGCGCGGGUGUGGGACGCGUUCUCUGGCACCACGUUGCGGAUUGUGUACGGCAAGGCGGAGCUUUUCGCCAUCCGCUUCCACCCCCUCAACAACAACCUGUUUGUCGUCGGCUCGAUGGACAAGCUGCUCAAGGUCUUCAACAUGUCGACCGGCAACGCUAAGCUUCAACCCGAACGGCACCCAGGCUUUGCAGGCGACGCCAACGGCAUGCUGUAUGCGUACUCGCUCUCGUCGAGCAGCGGCAAACUCCGCGAGGCUGUGCGCAUCCUUGCUGCCCGCGGGCGCGGCAUCUCCUCGCUCGACUACGCCGUCCACUACACGCUGCGCUCGUCGGUCAACGUCGUCCUCGCCGCCUGCCGCGACAAGAUGGUCCGCGUCUUUCGGGUCUCGUCCUCGGGCUCAGUAUUUACCCCGCUCACCCAGUUCCUGGUCUUUCAGACCAAUCUAGCUCUCCGCGCCAAGUUCUGCCCGACGGCUUCGCUUGACAAUCUCGGCCUCUGCUUCACCGUCGGCUCGGAAGCCGGGGCCGUCACCGUCUACAGCACCUCGGCCGAUCGCGACGAUGCCGACGACGGGCCCAGGACCGAGCUCGUCACCCGCCUCGACGGCCACGCAGCUGCCGUCGUCGACCUCGCCUGGUCUGCCGAUGGCCGCUGGCUCGCCUCGGGCGACGUCGACGGCCGCGUCCUCGUCCGUCGCCGCCAUCUUCCAGCCGACGAUCCCGAGCUUCUCUAGCCUCCUGCC